AGCAAUGCUUUCCUUCACAAAAAUGCAUCUAUUUAUUCUCGUAUAAGAAUAUAUAUACAUAUAAGUAUUUUCUUUCUUUUAAAAUUAUUUUCUGGGAAUCGAAGAUCGAAGAUGAAAAAGGGAGCUAAAAAGGAGAAAAAUUUGAAGGUGAAGUUGAACCAGAAGAGCUCCCCAGAAAUGGUGAAACAACAGUCCAACACUAGUCCAGGCGGCUCAGCGAUGCAGUGGCCGUUUUCGUAUUUUGUUUCUCCGCCACCGGAAUUAUCGCUUUCCACAGCCCCUCCGCCACAGAAUCUUGUCUUUCAGGACUUUUUAGGGGGAACACUCCCUAGAUAUGAGCAUGAUACUCCUAGCAGCUCAAACCAACAGGCUACAGCCCCAAUGACCAUCUUCUACUCCGGUGGGGUUCAUUUUUUUAACCAUAUCUCCCCACAAAAGGCUGAGUUGAUCAUGAAGAUGGUUAAUCAAUCCAAGACUGAGGCCAUGAAUAUUGAAACUAUAAACGCUCUAACUGAAACAGAAAUUCUAAGUCAAAAUAUACAAACUCUCGCUCCUCCUCCUCCUCCUGACAAUUUUUUCGAAUUUUAUGGUAAAGGAGCAUUGGCUAUGGCUCGCAAAGCAACCUUGGCCAGAUUCUUGGAGAAGCGCAAACACAGAUUGAUCUAUGCUGGGAGUCCAUAUAGCCACCCUGUAGGCAAAUCAUCCAACAUUAUCUCCCCACAACCACCCAAGAAUAAUGCAUUAUUGGAGUUCAAUUUUAUGCUUCCAGAGGAAGAGGAAACUUCUUCAUCAGCUGUCGAUUUGGAAAGCAGAUGUAGUACAAGUAUUUUGUAAUUUCUUUUCUUAAUAUUUAUAAUCCUAGGAUAAUAUAAUACAAUAUUAUUAUAUUAGUGGAGAUCAUUAUAUUGACCCUAAAUGGUACUCGUACUACUCCUAUUUUGGUAUUACAAUACUCUGCAUUUGUUCUUAGUUUUCAUAAUUUUGUAUUGUGUAUUGUAUAAAUUAUAGAACCAUUUAAUCAUCCAACGGGGAUAUAUAAUUAAAGAUUUUACUUUGGAGUGU